AUGGCCGACGACAUUAUCGAGGUCCCCGACGAGAUCUCCUCGGCCGAGGCCAACCAGGUCAUCAACGAGGAGUACAAGAUCUGGAAGAAGAACACGCCGUUCCUCUACGACACGGUCAUCACGCACGCCUUAACGUGGCCCUCGCUCACCUGCCAGUGGCUGCCAGACCGCGAGGUUCCCAAGGAUGCCGACUACACGAUCCACCGCAUGAUCCUCGGCACCCACACCUCGGGCCAGGCCGACGACCACCUCAUGAUCGCCGAGGUGCACCUCCCCAAGUCGGGCCUCGACGGUGCCGGACGUGACAUUGGCGAGCUGUACGACGAGGACCGCCAGGAGCUCGGCUCGCACACCAAGACGUCGGCGCGCAUCCGCGUCAAGCAGACCAUCAACCACAAGGGCGAGGUCAACCGCGCGCGCUACAUGCCGCAGAACCCUGAUCUCAUCGCGACCAAGACUGUGGACGGCCCCGUCUUCAUCUUUGACCGCACCAAGCACGAGACCAAGGCGCCCGCCGGCGGCGAGUGCAAGCCCGACAUCAGGUUACUGGGCCAGACCAAGGAGGGUUACGGUCUGUCGUGGAGCAAGGUCCGCACUGGUCACAUCCUCAGUGCAAGCGAGGACACGACCGUCGCCCACUGGGACAUUGAGCAGUACAAGAAGGACGACAACGGCAUCAAGCCCCUGCGCAAGUACACUGGCCACUCUGCCUACGUCGGCGACGUCGACUGGCACUCCGAGUACGACUACAUGUUUGGCUCAGUAGGCGACGACCACAAGCUCAUGAUCUGGGACACACGAAGCGACAACCCUGCCAAGCCUAGCCAGCAGGUCGAGGGACACAGCGGGGCUGUCAACUCGGUCGCGUUCGCUCCCAGCAACCCCAACCUUUUGCUCACCGGUUCGAGCGACAAGACGAUUGGCCUGUGGGACAUUCGCAAGCUGUCUCUCAAGCUGCACUCGUUCGAGUCGCACACGGACGAGGUGCUCCAGGUUGCCUGGUCGCCACACUCGCCCGUGCACUUUGCGUCGGCAUCGUCUGACCGCCGCGUGCACAUCUGGAACCUGGACGCGAUUGGCGCCGAGCAGACGCCCGACGACGCCGAGGAUGGACCUCCCGAGCUGCUCUUUGUCCACGGCGGCCACACGUCCAAGGUCAACGACCUGUCGUGGUCCCCAAUGGCCAAGUGGCACAUUGCCACAACAGCCGACGACAACAUUCUCCAGGUUUGGGAGCCUUCUCGGCACAUCCGGGCCGCUGCCGAGGCCGACGUGUCGGCCAUGGACCUCGAGUAA